CAUCAUUGCCUCGAUCGGCUCGGCUCCUCUGCCGCAUUCUCCCAAGCCUCCCUCCACCGUCAAUCAAGCUUAGCAAGCAUCCCUAAACCCUAGCAGCAAUGCCGGCGGGGCACGGUCAGAGGUCGCGAACCAGGGAUCUCUUCGCUCGCCCAUUCAGGAGAAAGGGUCCCACACAUCUCUCCACCUACCUCCGGGUCUUCAAAAUCGGCGAGUACGUGGACGUCAAAGUGAACGGCUCCAUCCACAAAGGCAUGCCCCAUAAGUUCUACCACGGCCGCACCGGUCGGGUCUGGAACGUUGCCAAGCGUGCCGUCGGUGUUGAAUUGAACAAGCAGGUUGGUAACAGAAUUAUUAAGAAGAGGUUGCAUGUUCGUGUGGAGCAUGUUCAGCCGUCCCGAUGCCAUGCGGAGUUCCUGCUGAGAAUAAAAAAGAACGAUCAGUUGAAGGCUGAAGCCAAAGCUCAAGGCAAAAUCAUAAGCACCAAGAGGCAGCCAGAAGGGCCGAAGCCCGGUUUCAUUGUCGGAGGAGCAAGAAUAGAAACUGUAACUCCAAUCCCGUAUGACGUGGUUAAUGACCUGAAGGGCGGCUACUAGAACUUCACUACGAGGAUAGCACUGGUUUUUUCCAGUUGGUUGUGGAACCUUGAGUCUAAAUCAAAUUCUCUCUCGUCUUUAUUUUGAAUGGAAAAGAAGCUGGCAAUUUAUGGCCUGAAAAUUUCACCUUUGGAUGAUUUUUAUCGAUUAGUUUUAUUCAUUCUGUUUUCUGCCA